AUACUCUCUUUAGGUUUGACGUAGACUUUUGAACCUUCAUGAUCCACUAAAGCUAAAUUUAGAACAGAGUGAUGCAUUUGGAUUAGCGUGCAUUAUUGGCAUAUUACCGAUGCCAUUAAUUGGAUUUAAAGUUAACCAACUAAAGAUAUGAUGUGAGAGAUAUAGUAUCAUGACUUAUUAUUAGGAUAGCCGCAACAAAACCAUACACAUAAUUCUAUCGAUCUCGACGAUCACCAUUAAAGAGACGGGAAAGGUCUGCCGUGGUCCAAUGAUAGGGAUUUUUGUCGCUUCCCUUCUUGCUUUGUUUCUUUCUAUAUCACCUUAUUGAGUUGAGUUAAUGGAAUCCCUCCGGCCUCCGCCAUUUCCAAUGUCUUCAAUCUCUUUUCUCAGGUCUCUGUUUCAUGAUUUCAGAUCCUCUCUCCUUUUUUUUUUUGUUUUUGUUUUUCUUCUCUCGCCCUUUUGAGUUUUGAUCCUCAUUUAUUUAAUUGAGUUUGGGAUGAAUUCUCAAAGCAAAGGCGUAACCUUGAUUUUCUAUUCUUGACUUUGGGAUGGUAAUCCCCAGUUCUGUUUCGAAGCUCACGAUCUAAGUUUGCGGAUUUUAUAUUUUUUUUUUUUUGGGAAACUUUGCCUGAUCUUCCUCCAAAAAGAUUGGAUUUUGCUGCAGCCGAAUUGUUCGGGAGAUAAUUCCAUUCUACCAUGACGUCGUGCCUCUGCAGUGGCACUGGCGGUGGCGGCCGGAGCUGCGGCUUUGACAUCGUCAAGUCGACGUCUUCAUCGUGGAGUCACUCCUUGGAAUCUUCGUCGUCCUCCUCCCCUUCUUCCGCCCUCUCUGAGUCGAGCAAUUCGCCAACGCUCGCAAUAUCCAUCAAGAGGGAGAGGACUCCUCGGAAGCGGCCCAACCAGACCUACAACGAGGCCACCGCCAUCCUCUCCGCCACAUACCCCGUCGUCUUCUCCGCCGGCAAGACCGCAAGGCCUUCCGUUUCCAUCCCCACCAAUCCAUUCCACCCCUUCUCGGAACCCCCCGACCUCCUCCCUCCUCUGCCGAUUCUCAACGACGCCGCAUUCCUGAUCCCAAACCCCAAUCCACCGUCCCCAGCCGCUGCAACCCACUUCCAUCUCAAGAGCAAGACUUACGCCACUGUUUCCAAGGACUCCGCCGAGAGCCCGGCGAGCGAAGUGUCUUGGGAGCCGAAAUCGCCAGCGCACCCUAUCGAGGAGGACUUUGAUCCAGAGUCCAUUCUCGAAGCAGAGAAUCCCCAGCAGUUUCGAGCUCGGCUUCGGAUCCGAAUGGGCGCUGAGGAAGAGGGACGAAGACGAGUGGUGGAGCUCGAAGGUGGUGCCGGUGUCGGAUAUAACACCAAAUUACAAGCCUCAUUCGUCUCCGGCAACGGUGGCGUCGCAGAAAAAGAACAAGAAGAAGGUGGAGAAGAAGGAAAUCGAUGUAAUGGACUCAGAACAGGGGAAGUGGAAAUCCGCUCAAUCUGCUCUGCUGGGGCUCAAGCUGAACCAUGAAGAAGUCCUCGGGCAUUGGGCCGAUCGCGGUUCGGUCUUCUCCGACCGGACCGGCUCGUCAAAUUCGUCGGUGGACGCUACGGUUCUGCCAUCGGACAUCUAUCGUCCACCCGAUCCGGCCGUGGGAAGCGACUCCGGAGAGGUCAGCGUUCAGCGUUGUAAAGGGAAGAGGAUCAGCCACGUGUUCUCCAAAAUACAACGAAGAAAGCCAACACGGACGAAGGCAAGUAUCGUUCUCUUCGUCUCCGAUUCAACAUUUUACGAAAUAGUGUUUUGUAAAUUUUAGUAUUUAUUUU